CGCCCGAGUCCGAGACAACAGCAACGUGUCCAGGGAGGAGUGGGAGUGGAUCCAGAGUUUGGCGGCGUCGUCCUCAGACUCCACUCCGAUUGGUGGAGAGGCUCAGGAGGCGGGACUUGCUGCCCAAAGCCACACCCCUCUGCUGUACUACGAGCUCCAGACGGCGACAAAGACCCUCCUGAAGACCAUCAACCUGCCCCUGAACCAGGCUCGGGGGUUCCGGUUGUACUCGGAGGAGGUGGUGGAGUUGGGUCACGGCGUGUCCUUCCUGCUCUUGUGCCCAGCGGCCGAUGACGUCUGCUCUGCCCCGGGGCAGACCAACCCGCUGUGCCCCCUGUCCGGCUUCCUCCACCUCCCGCUGCAGAUGUUUGAGCUCGUUCACCUGUGUUCGUAUAAGGAGCGUCUGAUCAGUCUGUACUGCCGCCUCUCCUCUCUGCUCGACCUGGACUCACUCAUCACCCAACAAGCUCUGAGAGAAGCCAUCACAGAUACUGAGGUCUCCACCGCCAAGCAGAGACACCAGACCAUCCUCGACUACAUACAGCAGUUGGACGAGAUGAGGCGAGACCUUCGGUGGCUCACAGACGCUCUGCAGUUCGCUCGGUACAAACAGCCCAGAGGAGGCGUCCCUCUUUUGGCCCUGAUGCCCUCCCACACGGAGACGCAUCAGACCCAGAAGAGCGACUCCACCUCCUCCACCAUGGACUACCUCCCGACGCCCUCGCCCUCCCCGGAGCCCAGGAGGAGGCAGGCGGGCAGCGAUUCUCAGUUGUGUUCGGAUGAGGACUGUUCGUCUGAAGUCUUCUUACCCACAGACAGUGAUUAUGACUCCAGUGACCCGCUGAGCCCCCGCGACUCGCUCUGCUCCCCCCCUCCUCCCUCCAAUCCCAUCAGCCCCCCCACCCCCGGACCCCUGCCCCCGGACCUGCCCCCGGACCUGCCCCCGGACCUGCCCCCGGACCUGCCCCGGCCGCGGACACUCGGGGGCAGCGCGCCGGACGUCCUCAGGUACAGCGCCUGCCCCUCAGACUCAGACCUCUCUCCCUCCUCUGUCAAAGACUCUAAACCAGAUGCCCUCCCGCCGAUCCCUGCGUCCAAAGACCUGUCCCUGUCGCCCCUGUCGCCCUCUGUGUCUGAGGCGUCUAAAACUCUGGAGCUGCUGUCCCUGUCCGACCCGAUCAAACCUCUGACGGCUCCGGCCAAGAGGAAGCUGCUCUCUCGCUCCCACAGGGGGCAGUAUUUCAGCGGACCACAGCGCUGGAUCAGAGCGCAGAGCGGAGAGAGCCACACGGGGGCGCUGUCCGAGGGAGUCUACACCAAACAGAGCGACGCCUGCGACAGAGGGACAGGGGUGACGUACGUAAGCCACGCCUCCUGCGUCCUGGAGAAGAGACGCCGUGAGCCCCGCCCACACGUGCGCCGCAUCUUCACGGACAACACCGCUAAACUGUCCUGUGGCCCCGCCUCCAAAGAAGCGUCUGAGAAAAGCUCUACUACGUCCUGCAUGCGAGAGGGGCGGGGCUUCACGGGGGGCGGGGUCUCUGUGGUAGUGGGGGCGGAGUUAGAGGAGGAAGAGGAAGGGGCGGGGCCCGGGGGAGCGAUGGCCGCCGUCGCCACACAGGAAGUGGACUCAGACGACCAAACGAACGCUCAAGUGCAAGAGAUCCUCAGCAGCACGCUCUGAUACCACCUCACGACCUCCUGUCCUCCUCCCUCCUUCCUCCC